UGAUAGAGAGAGUGAGUGUGUGUGUGCAUGCGUGCGCGCGUGUGUCUGCUCUGCUGUUGCUGCCCUUUGAUCCCUGCAUUAGUGUUAGUUAGGGGCUCGGAGACACACUUGCACCGAGAGCAGCCAUAGUCAAGACACGGCAACAACAACAGCGGCACCUCCUCCGCCUGUGUUCCCAUUCCCCAACAAUACACUUUAAACCGAGCAAAGCCAGGUGCACGACCAAGUCCCUGCCAUCACUGGCGCCUCCAGUCUCAAUGGGAAAAACCUUUUUUCUUCUUAUCCCUAAACAAGGACGAGAAUGUGAUUAAAAACGGGGGAAAAUGCCAAGGAGGAAGCAGGAGCAACCCAAGCGCCUGCCUUCACAUGUGGAUAGCAACGAGGAAGGAGGGCCUGAUGACGGUCCUGUGGAGGAGGAAGGCUGGUUUGGGAAUGCUUCUGACACACGCUCAGAGUCGUCGUCCUAUGGAGACACGCAGGAUGAGUUCCUCCUGCCCAGGGGCUCCUCUCCUGAUGAACGGGCUGGAGUCAGCGCUGGGUCCGGGGACCACGAUACCUGUGGAGGCGAGAGCUCAUUGGGUUGCCCCACACCCGUCCAUCGUACCUCUUUGGAACUUCUGGGACUGGAUGGAGGUGCAUUCUCGGCCCAGGACACACUGUCUUCCGUGGUAUCAUCACUAUAUGGUGAGGCAGCAUCUCGUGCCCUGGGAAAACCCCUUAGCAGCAACCUACGGCGCCUCCUAGAGGCUGGUUCGCUGAAACUUGACACUGGGGAGCUCUUGGGUCGGUCAUCCAGGGGAGGUGCUGAAGGGGAGUCUCCUCCAAUAGGUCUAGCCCCAUCUUUGACCCUCUCCCCGUCUUCCCACCAUGCCCAGCAGUUAAGUGCUCUUGCCCGAAAACUGGCCAAUACCAACAACAGCGGCUCAGCCUCACCAGCCUCCUUGGCACCCUCAGUCACCAACAUUAAGCAAGAGCCCCUUGACCCCUUUAACUCUGUCACCCCUAGCAAUGGCAGUGGCUUUGUAUGGGCAAGUGUUGCAGAUAAGUGGCCACCAGCCAGCUGCUCCACGCCCUGCGGCUCCAGCCUCUCCCCAGACUCUGCAAUCCAGAAGUUAAAAGCUGCAGCAAAUGCUGUACUUCAAGACAAGAAUGCCGUGGCCUCCUCAACAACAACUUCUUCCUCCUCCUCCACCUCUGCCUCAUCUGCAGUGCCCGCCCUCGGAGGGGGUGUUCGAGGAGAUGAUGUGGUGCGCUUUGAUGCCUUCAACUCUCCGUUCAGCCCACAGUCAGCUAGCUCCACCCUCGCUGCACUUUCCAAGAAAGUCAGUGAGCGGAGCCAAGCUUCAUCAACGGCCAGUGCUGCUACUGACCACCAAGCCCCAGCCAGUUCCUUUCUCUCACUUGUCUCAAUGACGUCCUCCGCUGCCUUGCUCAAAGAGGUGGCAGCCAGGGCAGCAGGAAACCUGUUGGCAGAGAAGAAGGAUGGCUGCUCCUUGGCGUCUGCUGGGGUCCUCCAAGAGGACGUGAAGCCCUUGCUUGACAAGAACCAGAAGGCUCCUACACCGUCUACACCCAACCAGAGCCUAGAGUUGCUGUUGCCCUCUACUCCAAAAGGCAGAGUCAAACCCAACAGCCAAGCAGGCUCUCCUGAGGAUGGCGGCAAACCAUUCCAGUGUCCUGUGUGUGGACUGGUAAUCAAACGCAAGAGCUACUGGAAGAGACACAUGGUCAUCCACACAGGCUUGAAAAGCCACCAGUGUCCCUUGUGUCCCUUCCGCUGUGCUCGCAAAGACAAUCUUAAGUCCCACAUGAAGGUACAUCAGCACCAGGACCGGGGUGAGACGUUUCAGUGCGAACUUUGCCCCUUCACCUCCUCCCGUCACUUCAGCCUGAAGCUUCACAUGCGCUGCCACCAGCACUUCCCUCGCACAGACAUGAAGGUGAAAGAGGAGCUCACGACAGACACGGAGGGCGAGGGUUCCCUGAUGGGUGACAGCGGCUCCGCAGACCUGAGAGGGACGGAGGUGUCCCCGCUGCACUCAGAAACUCGGCAGCAGACGUCCCCUCCGGUCGAUGCUUCCUCCAAUCACGUCCACAUCAAGGAGGAGCCGCAGGAGAGAGAUUUGUCUGUGCUUUCCCCCUUCAGCAUGUGCAGGGACCGUCCCAUCAGCAGUGCUAACUCCCUGGAUCUACCUGGAGUCGGGGUAGGAAUCGGGGUCAGAUCCAGUCCUAGUGGUUCAACCACAGCCUCCCUAUUCAGCCCCGACAUCAGUACCAAGACAGCCACUGACCUGCUUAUGAAGCUUUCAGCGGCCAACCAGAGGGAGACACUCAAGUCUCCAUUCCACCUGAAGGAAGAGCCCAAAGCGGAGGAAGCCUUGAGCCCUAGACCCUCCUCCCAGUCCCAGAGCCAGGUCCAGCCAAGUUUCCCUGCAACGUUCUGCCAGGACGGGCCAGCGGGAGCUGCAGCAGCCGCAGAGCGUCCGGGGCCAUUGAAACCGAGGGAAGGAAGCCCCAUGUCUAAGAACAGCUUGCUGAGCCAGGAUAUCAACGUUAAGGUGGCCUCUGAGCUGCUGAUUAAGCUUUCAGAGAACAACAAAGAUGCCCAGUACCAGAAGGUGAAAGUAAAGGCAGAGCCCAUGGAGGUGGACCCGCCCCCUGCAGAACUCACCCCACCUGCCUCUCACCUGCUGGCCUUCAGCACUUUAGGGGCGAGUGAGAAGAGCGAGCCACUGAGUAACCUACCCGAGACGUUGGCCCGCCCCCAGAAAGACCUCUUCUCCCAGGACAUAUCGGUCAAAAUGGCCUCCGAACUACUGUUCAAAUUGUCAGAAAAAGUCAGCAAAUCCAACAACCACAAAGACAGUAACAUGGUGGGAAUAAACAGUCCAUUUCUGGACGAGUGCUUCAGACAAUCACCCUUUAACUCGCGCUCCAAGAGCUCUUCCCCAGCAGAGGCCAGCUCUUCUACCAGGGCAGCAUUUCAUGACUCAGAAAAGGAUGAGCCGGGAAACGGGAUUGCCCAGUGGAGACUAAAUGAGCAGCUCUUCCCCUGUCCCAUCUGUGGCAAGGUGUUUGGUAGACAGCAGACUCUUUCUAGACAUCUGUCUCUACACACAGAAGAGAGGAAGUACAAGUGUCACCUGUGUCCUUACGCAGCCAAGUGCAGGGCGAACCUCAAUCAGCACCUGACCAUCCACUCUGUCAAGCUGGUCAACACCGACGCUGAGCAGAUCGUCAGUGCCGUUACAGCAGACUCUGCCGAGCGCAAGAACUGCCCCUACUACUACAGCUGCCAUGUGUGUGAUUUCCAGACGGAGCUGAACGCGCAGUUUGUCAGCCACAUGUCGCUCCAUGUGGACAAGGAGCAGUGGAUGUUCUCUCUCUGCUGCAGCGUCUGCGACUAUGUCUGCAUGGAGGAGAACGACAUGAAGAACCACAUUAGUACUGGACAUGCAGGUCUGAACUCAAGGAGUCCCCUCAGCGAGACCAAGAGCACGUCCUCAUCCCUCUCGGCCCUCAGCGAUUCACUCAACAGCUCGGAGGGCGGAGAUCUCACCCAUGGUAACGAAGAACUCAGGGGCCUGCUUGCCCCGCCCUCCUCCGCAGGCAGCCAGUCCAGCUCCGGAAGCCACUCGGGAUCAGGGACUGAGGACAAGUCUGACAAAGGCUUCGAGUGUGUCUUCUGCAAUUUUGUGUGCAAGACGCGUAGCAUGUAUGAACGUCACCUCCAGAUCCACCUCAUCACGCGAAUGUUUGAGUGCGACGUCUGCCACAAGUUCCUCAAGACACCCGAGCAGCUGCUGGAGCACAAGAAGUGCCACACCGUCCCCUCCGGAGGGCUCAAGUGCCCUUUCUGCAUCUACUCCACCAAUCGUCCAGCGGCCAUGGAGUGCCACCUUAAGACGCACUGUAAGAUGGAGUACCGCUGCCGCAUCUGCCAGGGACAGUGGCCCGACCAGGCUUCAUUGGAGGCCCACAUGCGCGGGCACCGCCUGGGCAACCACUACAAGUGUGAGCAGUGUGGCUACUUGUCCAAGACGGCCAAUAAGCUGAUCGAGCAUGUGCGCGUGCACACGGGCGAGCGGCCCUUCCACUGCGACCGCUGCUCUUAUAGCUGCAAGCGCAAGGACAACCUCAACCUGCACAAGAAGCUGAAGCAUGCGCCGCGCCAGACUUUCGGCUGCCAAGAGUGCCCUUUCACCACCACACACCCCUUUGUCUUCAGCCGACACCUCAAGAAACACCAGAGCGGAGGAGCGGGGGGACUGGGCGGAGGCUUCGGAGGAGAAGAAGAGGAGGAAGACGAGGACGCAGGAGAGGAGGAGCUGCCACUCCAGGGAACGUCACCGGGGGACUCGUCAGCGCAGAAAAGCCAAGAGAACUUCCUGUUCAGCGGUGGAGGAGGGAGCAGUGGAGGGAGUGGGAGUAACAGCCCUCUCAUGAGUCUAACAGCGUCUCAGGCGCUUCAGUCUGUCGCCCUGUCACUCACACUGGGCAAGUCCCACCAACUGGACGCCUCCGGCCCUCUGCACUGCUUGGUCAGCACCAACGGCAACAACGCCACCAGAAACCCCGGCGGCCCGAGCAGUGGCAGCGCCUCCCUCUUCCUGCCCUCCUCCCGUCACGUGUUUGAGCAGUACAGGAACUGCGACCGGGCGCACCUGAUCCCCCUCACCACCCUGUUCACCCACAACAACCGCUUCACAUUCCACUCGCACCUCCACUCCAGAUGGCGGCCCUCCACAUCUCCUCUCCUCUUCUCCUCCAACUUGGCGUCCCCCUCCCGCUCUCCCGCCUCACCCACCUCUCACAAACACUCCUUCCUGGCCUACCUGGGACUGAUGGAGAGGGCUAAGACUGUUUAACCUCGCCCACCUCCUCUCCUCCUCCUCACCCUCGCUCUUUCCCUCACUCCUCGGACAGUGGUGUGAAUGACACUUGACCACUGCUGUGGGAGCAAUGUCUUUUCCAAUCAGACCAGCAGAAUAAGCUGGACCAGACAAACAUAUUGAAAAAAGAAAAGAGAGAAAAAACAUUUAUAAGAGAAAAAGGCUGUACAUGCUAAAAAUGCAUUUAUAUCAAAAAGCUGCUUUUCUUAUCAGUUCUAUCAUUGAAUUAUUACUACUUCAGCUACUACUCUCUAUUACCUUUUUUUUCUGUUUUUAAAUGUCUGAAUGACCUGGACCCAGUUGCAUUAUCUGAGGAAACUAACGUAUCUCAAUUUUAUAGAUUUGUUUUUUCUUUAGUUGUUUGAUGAGAUGAAAAGUUGAAAAAGACGAAACAAAACUUGCAAGUGCUACAUUUUAGUGCAUUUUUGUCUCUUAUUAUGCAUCGAAAUAGCAUGCCUGUUUCUGUGUUUCAACUAGCUUUGACGUCAUUAGGAAGCUAAAUUCGAGUGUUAGCGGUGCAACGUGGACAGAACCAAUGAAACGGAAAAGGGCCCGUUUCCAAAGCAACGCCUCAAACCACGCACUUACUUAUUUAUCAGUCUUGUACAUAGUUUUGUAGCCCUUCCCAUCUUUUUGAUUUCUGUUGGGGGUUUUUUGUAUAAUGGUGAGACCAUAUUAUGCAUAGCUGCUGUUUGAUAACCACCUCUGUCUCAGAAUAAAUGUAAUUUAAAUGAGUUAACUAGCUAAUUUUAAGAGUUUUUUUUUUUUUUUUGUAAGCUCACAAAACAGAAAAUAAGCUAUGAUAAUGUAAAUAAGGAAAAUAUUCAAUCUGACCUAUCAUGGCAAGAAACAUACAUUACUAAUAUUUUGAUUUGAAUAUAAAGAUGUUGCCAAUGAAUUUGCACUCACGGGUGAAUAAGCAGUGAAGUGGAAACAUCAAUUCAUUAUUUCUGAGACCAGGUGGAAAUCAGUGCGGCUUCAUGUGCAGAACUAUGUAUCACGCACCUGUACUUAGAAGAGAUAUAUGAGAUAACUGUUUUGUGGAGGUGACCGGCUCCGGGUUAGCGAGCUACCCACAGCCACGGUCACCACAGGCCGAUUCAAUGGUGCUUUUUGGAGCUUUUUGUAAUUUUUGUGUACAAAAAAAGAAAAGAAAAAACCUGUUCCAAAAUGACUUGAAUGAAUGUAUUUUGUUUAUGUACAUGAAAAUGAAGCGAUACAGAAGUGUGAACAGGGACGUCUUCUGUGCUGGAAAAGACGGGAAAGCUAGUGUGUUUGGUGGCCUUCUGUGUCUUUUUCUUUUGGUUUGUCUCUUGUGUUUUUUUAUUUCUACUUUUUUUUUUUUUUUACUGAGCCUUUUACAUCAUAAUAAAACAUUUUCUACUAACAUUCAUAGAGAACCCAUUGUGAGAAAAAGCUCUUGUAGGUGCAAUGACGAAGCAAAGCCAUUUGCCACUUGUACAGCAUUGUGUUCAAUGGCACUGGCUUCUGUUAGGCCGGCAGACAUGGUACUGCUUUUUGCCCCCCCCCCGGUAACCUUUUGAGUUUUAAUUGCACUUAAAGUAGUUACACUUCAAGCCAAAAGCACUUAAACCUUUAAUUUUCCUCUUUUUUUUUUAAAGUGCAAACUUAGAUCCACCAACUUAUAAUAAUGUGAAGUAGAGAGUAGUUGUUGGAAAUGACUCAAUCAACACCCCUUAGAUUCACAUGUAGGCAUUUCUAGCAGUGCAAAAGGGUCUACCUCUGUGAAAUCGGAGAAAGCAAAUGAAUACAAAUUGCAUGAAUUAGACAGUAGAGGUCAAGCUCUCCCUGGGAACUAAAGGUCCCAGGCUAAAUUGUGAUGAGCCAAUUUUGCACAGUGCUGCACUUUUUGAUUAAGAGAAUUAUGUAUUUAUCCGUAAAAAUGCUCAAAAAGAAGUGUUUGCGAGAUAGGGCAGCGUAGUAAAAGCAUUUUAUUUUGAAAGCUUUACCCUUUAUUAAAAGCGCUUGUGUUUGUCAGUGGUCUUCAAGCCAAAAUCCCUUAUUUGUAAAGGGAUUGUUUUUUAUUUUGCUUAUGUUUUCCUUUUGUCUGUUUUGCUCAUGCAUUUUCUUAUUACAAAUCAUUGUUGCUUUGCUUUUUAUUUUUCUACUUAAAUUAUGUCAGAAAAAUGUUGAUUGGACAGAGAACAGAACUUGUCAAGACCAAAAUAUAUCUCACCGCAGGAUGUGAUGUUAGGAUUGAAUCCGUCACAUCCUGCUCUGGAGCAAUGCCUCGAUUGUCCCCUUUUACACUGCUGUUUGUUCCUUUUUGCUCUGUCCAUGUUUGGCAUGUUGUCUCUGGAGUAAAAGGAGCAUCCCUCCAACACACACACACUCUCCUUGUACUAUCUAUGUUAUCUUUUAUACUCUAGUGCCACAUGGUGGAAGGACACCACCUGAGACUUCUGAGAAUAAGUCAAACUAAUUGUCAGGGUCCAAAAGAAAAAAGAUGAAAAGAAUCCACUCUUGUCUCCGUUUUAUUAAAAUGUCUGCCUUUUAUUACAGCGUAAUCAUGAAUGGCUGCACUUCUUUAUGCCCCCCCCUAGUUUUAGUGUAAUAUUUAAAAAGGCAACAGGGCUCCUUUUGAAAACCAGUAUUCUUAAGCACUUAUUGUAUUUUUGCCCAAUUAUAAGCAGCACAGUUACCUUUUUUCAAAGCUUGACUACCUUUUCAGCACUUCAGAGUAUGCAUGACAUUGUCCUCUCUCUAGUUCUUUAGCACUUAAAUGUGUUUAAAACUAACUCCCUUGUUGCAUUUAGUUAGCAUCACACUGCACUGUCUACAAUCAGCUUUACGUUUGGCUGUGUUUUAUGAUUAGAAAAAGGCUCAACUAUCUUAUAUUUUGGCACUUGGUAAAGAUUGGUAUGUGCUGUACAAAGCUUUUUUUUAUUACUCCAUUGUUAAGGCUGUACAGGGUUGUGACGAUAACUGGUAAAUAGAUCAUUUGUACUUUUUUGGUUUUUGUAUUUGUUUUUCUUUAUUUGACAUUAUUUUAUGUUCAACUUGCCAGAUCUUAAUGUAACAGGAUUUGAAAGUAAAGCUUACAUCAGAUAUUA